AUGAAUUCAACAAGAAGGGAGACUUUGAGAAAAUUGGGCUGGGUUUUCUAUCGCUGCACGUGCAAUAAUGAUGAAGGAUGGAAUUACUCCAAGCGGAUGAUUACCCGAGAAAUACGCAACGAUAUUACAAACUCCAACACGCCAGGUAUUGAUCGCUUCCUCGGUGAUAAUCUGAAGAUGAGGUUUAUUGAAAACUGA